CACUGUGCUCAAUUCAAUAUUUCAAUUUCACCAUUCUCAUUUCUUUUUUUUCCUCCAAUUCCCAAACCCCUUGUUUCACAAUUCAGAUAGCUAGCUAUCAAAAUUCAAAACCGAGUCGUCAACAAUCAACUCGCCGACUCAGUUUCCCAAUCUCAUCAUGGCCAGUGCCACGCCGACGCGUUCCUCCGAAGACAUCCUCAACACGGCGCCGCUGCUAUCAAAUUCCGCCGGCUCCUCCGCCGAAAUCAACUCCGACCGUCGAUUCGCUCGGAGGCAGAGGCUCAUGCAAGCGGCGCGGUUCAUCCGCCAGGCGAGUGGCCAGGGAAUGAUGCGCGAGCCCUCGGUGAUGGUUCGCGAGGCCGCAGCGGAGCAGUUGGAGGAGAGGCAGAGCGAUUGGGCGUAUUCGAAGCCGGUUGUCAUACUCGACCUCGUUUGGAACUUCGCCUUCGUCGUGGCUUCCACCGCCGUGUGUGUUCUCAGCCGAACUGAAGCGCCGGAUAUGCCUCUGAGGCUGUGGAUUGCGGGUUAUGCUUUGCAAUGCGUUAUUCAUAUGGUUUGUGUCUGUGUCGAGUUUAGGAGGCGGAGGCGGAACCUACACAACGGGGUGCCUGGGGUUAGCACCAGCAGUGCGAAUUUGAGUUCUGCUUCAAGGGUGGGUUCUCGUUCUGCUUCUGGCUAUGUAUCGUUUGCGCAAUUCGAUGAAGAGCGUACUAGUGUUGCAAAACAUUUGGAAUCAGCCAAUACCAUGUUUUCAUUUAUUUGGUGGAUUAUUGGAUUCUACUGGGUAUCCGCUGGUGGUCAAGAUUUAGCCCAAGAUUCUCCUCAGCUUUACUGGCUAUGUAUAAUCUUCCUGGGUUUUGAUGUAGUCUUUGUUGUUUUCUGUGUUGCACUGGCGUGUAUCAUUGGUAUCGCCGUCUGCUGUUGUCUUCCAUGUAUCAUUGCAAUUCUUUAUGCAGUUGCAGACCAGGAAGGGGCAUCCAAGGAAGACAUUGAGCAGUUGUCAAGAUUUAAAUUCCGAAGAAUUGAAAGUAAUGAGAAACCUACUGGCAAUGCUCAAGGACCUGGUGGAGGAAUAAUGACCGAAUGCCUGGCUGAUUCACCAAUUGAACAUGUUCUUGCCGAGGAGGAUGCGGAAUGUUGUAUCUGCCUUUCUUCUUAUGAUGAUGGGGUUGAACUAAGAGAACUUCCUUGUGGUCACCAUUUUCACUGUGGCUGUGUGGAUAAAUGGCUGCAUAUUAAUGCUACGUGCCCCCUCUGCAAGUAUAACAUCUUGAAGAGUAGCAACGUCGGUGAAGAGGAAGUGUGAAGAUGUCAGGGUAGUAUUUUUUGAGGAAUCUGUAGUCUUUUUGAUUCACAGUAUAAUAGGCACAGCUUGUUAAUAUAUACAUCCAUACAAAGGUACACAAUUGCUACUGCUGCUGUGCUGUUAUGGUGUAGGGGUAGUUGUUUUCAUUGUUCGUAAUUAUUGUGGCUUCUAAGUUCUAAUUAGAUGUGUAUAUCAGUGUUAUUCAUUGCAUAUGGGCUAUAAUUAUCUCAAGAGGCAAUUUGGUUGUCAUUUUCAUUUCA